AGUAUUUUUAUAACAAGACGUUAAUAGUGAUGCAGCGUAAGCAGUGAAUAUCCGGAUAAAAAAAUAAAUAAAAAAUGGCGAAUUUGGAAAACGCAAUUCUUCCUGACCCCCAGGAAAGGAAUGUUUACGUUGUAUUAACAUUCAUGCUUUUAUCUUUCACGAUUUGCUCGUGCAUUUUGCACGACAAAAAUUAUUAUUCGACGCUAUCAUAAGCCGUGGCUCUUAUAAUUAUGGCUUUAACGGUCUUUGUUGGCAUUGAAGCAAUAAACAGAUUUUGUUAUUUCUUUGACGAAUUAUUGAAAAUAAAAGUAGAACACGGAGGAAGUUUUAUACGAGUUUUGAAAGCAGCAUUUUCCUUUAAUAUUCCUUCUGGUGUCAUCGUCAUAGGCAGCCUUGUUUUUUGCCUGAUCAUUUAUUUUAACACGGAAAAAUCGUUUUGUUCUUUCUGCACUGUGAACCAUACGGGUUUGUUAACUUGGAAAAAGAAAGACAUUUUUGCAUUUUUCUUUGCACUCGUUUUUGCAUUUUUUCUGGUGGAUCUAGCAAAUAUUAGAGAGUGUAGGUCGCAAAAAAUCGAAAAUAUGAACCGUUUAGGUGGUUUAGACUACGGAAGUGCUAUGGCUUGCAGUUAUUUUUAUGGCUAUUUGAAAAUUAUUCUUCCUGCGGAUGGAAAAGAAAAUAAAGGAUUGUUGGGAAGAAUUGAAGAAUUUGAAGAUAAUGAGUUAAAAAAUCAAACCUUCCCUGUCAAAAAGUUGUUCAUUCUUAUUCCUGCUUCAUUUUAUAUUCCUCCAAAUUUGAAAGAAAUCUCAAACGAAUGGUUGGAACCCAUACCGCAAAAAUUGAGUUAUAUAAGCAUAGAUAGAGCAGGUGUUGCUCGACGACCAUACAAAAAUACGGCCUAUAAAAUUCAUCCAGGUGGUUAUGGAAGUGGCAAAGCCCCGAUAUAUGUAGUAACGGAGGGCGCAACGCCCAUGAUGACAUUUUUCGAAGCUCAACAAUAUAAGCACCGAUUUUCUGAAGUUUAUACUGAAUAUAAAAGAGAAUUUGCCAAAUUGUUUUGCAGAACUUUAGAGCAACUCUUAAAUGAUAACCCGGAUUGUAGGGAUGUCUGUGAAUUAGUUUAUUAUGAAGAUUAUGACGAACGAGGAAAAAGAGUGAAUCCUGGAGAAAUCCUUUUGAGAAGAAUUCAAGAAAAAUCUUGAUAAUUAUUAUCUUUAAUUUUACUUUUUAUCGCAGGCCUCGGACUCACCGCAUUAUAAUUUUCAACGAAAAAAUUAACUUUUAA